AUGGCAACCUCCACCACCAUAACCUUGAAGCUCCUGAUUGAUACAAAAGGGCAGAGGGUUCUAUAUGCCGAAGCUGGCAAAGAUUUUGUUGAUUUUCUCUUUAACAUAUUGAUAUUGCCUGUAGGUACUGUUAUAAGGCUGCUUGCAAAAGAAGGCAUGGUCGGAUGCCUUGCAAACCUUUACGAGAGCGUUGAAAAUUUGGGUGAUACAUACUUCCAACCGACAACAAACAAGGAUACCUUGUUGAAACCUAACUAUUCAUCAAGCUUGGCAACCAAUUUUCCUCGCUUGUUACCAAACAUUCAAUAUAAAACCACACAAAGCAUUUACAGGUGUCCUAAUUAUAAUUAUGGUUCACAUUGUCGUAAGUAUUAUGCAAAUGAUCCAACAUCGAAGUGUCCUUCUUGCACCAAUGCUAUGAACUCCCCUGCAUCAUUUGUAAACCCCCCAAAUAAGGUUUCAACUGCAUCAUCGGAUGCAAAUGAAGGCGGUUAUGUGAAAGGUGUUGUUACAUAUACGAUCAUGGAUGAUCUGACUGUCACGCCAAUGUCAACUAUUUCAAGCAUAACUAUGCUCAAUAAGUUCAACGUUCAACAAGUUGAUGCUUUGGAAGAGAAAGUGGUUGAUGUAGGCAUAAAUGAGGGUGUGGAGUUACUGACGGCGUCGCUACAGUCCAAGAACGCGCUUACCAAUGUAUUCCUUACCCAGAAGGCCGGGAAGAAGCGUUCAUUUUUCAUGGCUGCCUUCACUCCCAGUCCCACCACUGUCAGCCUGAAGCUUCUGAUACACUCGAAAUCCUGUAGCUUUCUGUUUGCAGAAGCUGAGCUUAGACGCUGCAAAGCAUAUCUAGGCGUAGUAGUAAAGAUCUGUGAAAUUUGUAUUUUAAAUGGUGCUCCUGCCAUGGCUGCAAACACUGUUAGCUUGAAGCUUUUGGUCGACUCAAUGAGUCAAAGAGUUCUAUUUGCUGAAGCCGGGAAAGAUUUUGUCGAUUUUAUUUUCAACAUUCUGUCAUUUCCUGUAGGCACUGUGAUAUGGCUUCUCAAGAAACAUAAAUGGUGGGUUGCCUUGGGAACCUAUACGACAGCCUCGAGACUAUGA